AGCGUGUCGAUGUAUCGAGCACUCAAGUUCUAAUGUUUAGAUAAUAUUACUGCGAUAACGUAUGUUUUCCAUAAAGAAGGAGAGCGUAAUAAUAGAAAAUGUAUUUAAAAUUAAUGUGAAAUAAUUAAAGUUAGAAAACACAUUGUAUUACUGGAUUAUGUUUCUGUGUCAGCGUGAAUGAAACGAAGUUAUAAUAAAUGUAUAGGUUCUCACUGCGCCCCAGCUCAGAAAACCGCACAUGCGCAGUAAAAACACCCCACAAACCAAGAGCGAAUGUCGGGAACUGUUCGCUAUCAAAUAUAUUCAUAAAUAUCCGACAAUUAAAGAAAACACAAAUGAGAUGUAAGCUUGCAACGUUCUAACAACGAACAGUACGUGAGUAGAAGCAUUCGGAGCACGGGCUUUGUCAAAACACAGCAGCUAUUCUGCGAUGUAAACAUGAACGAACGUAAGACUUUGUUUUUUAUUUUCUUUCUCAUUAUUUAUUGCUUAUACAACGUUAACAUGUGGUUUAUGGCGAACAAUCCUGUUGAAGAAACAAAAAUCGUAGCUGUCGACAAUCCGCCGAAAAUAAAAGCAAGUACUUCAGUGGAAAAAUUAUCAAAUCGCAAUCCGAUUCCAUUGUUCUUCAGAGACGCUUGCAGCAUCUUGGACAUAUUCACGAAACCACCUUUAGUUUAUAAAGAAAAGAAAAUAAAGCUACCAACUAAACAAAAAAUGGAUAAAAAUAAUAAUACGAUUUCUAUGAUAGGAAUCACUGUAUUCCUUGUGCUGUUAGUUCUGAAUGCUGCAUUUGAUGCCUUCAAGGAAAAAGAAGAAAGAAAGAAAAAAUUGAACACCGAAGGAAGGAGGCAGUCACUUGCAGAAUUCGCAAAUAAACCUCUUAGACGAGAGUCGAGCAAGUUCGGUUUUCAAUUAUUCCAAAUAGCUGAAACAGAGAAAACUGGCUCUGAUGAUAAAGAGUCUCGUCGUAGACCAUAUACGAGGGGAGAAUCGAUAAAUUCUUAUCUCAGCGAUAAGAAGCCGCAGACCGAAACCGCGCCCCCCUCAAUUGGUGACUCCAAUGAACCAAGACUGGUGAAAAGACAAUCAAUCGCUAAAUUAAUUGAUAAUAAACUAGAAUGGUUACCACAGAGACCAGUGUAUAACUACCACCAUUGUGAGUUUAGAUUUUGGAGGAAUGCUGCUAUAAGAACAAUCCCCUAUUCGCUUUGGAAUCAUAUGUUUAGAGAUCAACAAACAAGAAGUCUUAACAUUGGGUGUCUACAUUUAACAAACAGUGGCGAUACAUCAAACGGUGCAUAUAUUAAAAUUCUUGACAACAAACGAAAACACGAAGUUACCAUAAAAACACCAUACGAUUAUGAAACUAUAUUGACCGGCGAUAAUCAAACUCCACCUAGUCUAUUUGAACUGAGCAAAAGAAGAUUUUACAUAAUUCUCUGUGAUAUAGCAAAUAAAUUAAAUGACAGACCAGUUAGUAUAUAUUCUGACAAUCAUAGAGAUAAUGUAAACAAUAUUUGUGUAAGAAAACUUGAGGACAAAUUAGACGGAUUCAGAAUAAAUGAACAUUCACAGAUCAAUGAUAUCAAUGGAAAUUACGAACUGAAUAGAAGAAACCAAUUAAACUACAUUAUAAGGAAUAGAACAAGGACAUAUGCUCCAGCUGAUAUCGUGCGAGGAUAUUUUGACUAUCUUCCUAAUUUUAUAAAAACUGACCUUUGCAAUGGUCCGCCAUCGAGAUGUGAAAAUAUCACAUGCAAAAAUCCAGUUUUCGAUUAUGCAUAUUUCGAUUUUUGUAUCGAGAAAAUAAUCCUUAUAGAUAGUAAAGAAGAUGUAUUGUUAAGUGCUGUCUUUUGUUCAAAGCUUUGUGCUGACUCGUGGAAAUCGGAGAAACCUGCUCUACAAUGGAAAUUGGUUUAACAUUUCCAAAUAACAAACCAAACGUAUUACUUUAAACGAACGUAUUUAAAAUAAAUAUUAAAUAUAUU